GCACAGAGGAGGGGGAGGCGCACAUGCAUUGAGGGAAGCACACUUGCACACAUAGUAGUAGCAGCCGCAUUUUCACAGGCUGCUCUUCAGACUGACAGCAGCAAACGGAGUUGAGAGGCAGCGCAAUAGAGCGAGGGAAACAAGGCAGGCAUCCAGAGAGGAGAGCAAAGCAGAGGAGGCUCACGCAGGGUUUCCCCUUACUGCCCUUUGGCUCUCUGGGACCCACAAAAGGAAUCUCCUCUGUGCUCUUCUUGAGCUGAACUUGCUUUGCCAGAAGACCUGCACCCCACUAUGGCAGCCCUGGUGGGACAUGGGAACCCUUGUCCCCUCUCAUCUGAUUCCUCUAAACUGUGGACUACCUUUAUUUUGGGUGUGUUGACCCUUUCGACUCAAGUCUGGGGCUUUAACUUGGAUACUACUCACACACUGCAUAAGUUGGGAGACCCUGGCACCUUCUUUGGCUUCUCUCUUGCGCUUCACCAGCAGCGUAAUCCAGACCCUCAGAGCUGGAUACUGGUGGGAGCUCCAAGGGCGGCAGGGCAGGGUAAGUUGACGGGCAGUCGACCAGGAGCCCUGUUCAGGUGUCCGAUCACACCAGAGGAGUACGACUGUGAGAGGGUUGACAUCGAUGGAGACGUGAGGUGGGACAGAGAGAGCAAGCACAACCAGUGGCUGGGAGUUACAGUCAAGAGUCAGGGCAUUGGAGGGAAGGUUGUGACCUGCGCUCAUCUAUACGAACUGAGGCAACGUGUAAACCAGUCAUCAGAGACUCGGGAUCCCAUUGGCCGUUGCUAUGUCCUGAGUGAGGACCUGACUAAUCGAGAUGACCUGGACGGAGGAGAAUGGAAGUUUUGUGAGGGUCGGCCACAGGGACACGAGCAGUUCGGUUUCUGUCAGCAGGGCCUGUCUGUCAGUUUCACCCCAGACAAAAACUUCAUUCUGUUCGGUGCUCCAGGAACAUACAACUGGAAAGGCGAGAUGCGUGUUCAGCUCCUAAACCAGACUCUGCUUGACCUCGGUAUCUAUGACGACGGACCUUAUGAGGUGGCAGAUGAAAAACAACUUAAUGCCCAGCUCAUCCCUGUGCCCUACCACAGUUACCUGGGGCUCUUGUUCAUGGCUAGCCCCGUUGAAGAUGCACUGCUGUACAAAACUCUGGAACCAUCAAGGCGGCCCACAUCGUUUGAGGAUGUAGCUCAUAAUAGCUACCUAGGGUUUUCUGUUGACUCUGCCAUGGGAAUAAUGAGUCUCGGAGAGCUAACCUUCGUGGCCGGUGCUCCCCGAGCCAAUCACACCGGGGCGGUGGUGCUGCUGAAGAAAGACAAUGUGUACCGGUUGGUGCCACAGCACAUCUUUUGGGGGGAGGAGCUGGCCUCUUCAUUCGGAUAUUCAGUUGCCACCACAGAUCUCAACAGUGAUGGCUGGACGGACCUGAUUGUUGGAGCUCCUAACUUUUUUGACCGUAAAGCAGAGAUUGGUGGAGCUGUUUAUGUGUAUCUAAACCCGUUUGGUCACUGGGAUGAUCAGGCUCGGCCCAUCCGCCUCAACGGGACAUACGACUCCAUGUUUGGGAUGACAGUCAGCAACGUUGGAGAUCUGGACCAGGACGGAUAUGGAGAUAUUGCUGUGGGAGCACCGUUUGAUGGAGAUGGAAAAGUUUUUAUCUAUAGAGGCUCAAAAUCUGGAAUUGAGACAAAACCUGCUCAGGUGCUGGAUGGCCGGGACUUUGAUGUGACACGUUUUGGAUAUUCUAUCUCAGGGGGUUUGGAUAUCGACAACAAUCACUACCCAGAUGUGGCAGUGGGCUCGCUGAACGAUUCAGUGGUUCUCUUCAGAUCUCGUCCUGUCAUCCAUGUGAAGAGAGACAUAACUAUUGAUCCUCCACAAAUAGAUUUGGAGCAGUCCAACUGCAAAGGCAGAGAUGGAGUCUGUGUGGAGGUCAAGGCUUGCUUCACCUUCGUAGCGUACCCAACUCACUACUCUCCACACAUUACCCUCGUAGUGCGCUUUGAAGCAGACACAGAGCGCAGGAAGGCGGGCCUCCCGCAUCGCGUUACCUUCCUGGGCCGCAGUUUACUGGAGCCGGAGUACACACAGACAGAAGAAGUGCAGCUAAAUCGGCAGCGUCACGCUGUGUGCACCAACGCUGUCUUCCAGCUGCAUGAGAACAUCCGUGACAAACUGCGUCCCAUCUCUUUGGUCAUAACCCACACUAUCAAGCCCGUGCCGCCACGCAGACACUCUGCAAAAAGGCUGGAGAAGCUGCCGCCGAUACUCAAUGUCUCCCCUUCCAAUACGCUCCACUCUGAGGUGAACUUUCUGCGAGAAGGAUGCGGCAAUGACAAAAUCUGCCAGAGCAACCUGAAGCUAAGCUACCAGUUUGGUACUCGACCCCUGAACUCUGACCUCUUCAUCCCUCUGCCAAAAGAUGAGGACGAUGUGCAGGUGUUUUCUCUCUCAGAUCAGCGGCUGGUGGUGCUGGACAUCACCGUCACUAACAUGCCCUCUGACCCUCUUUACCCCGAGGAGGAUGGCGAUGAUGCUCAUGCUGCUCAGCUUAUUAUCUCCCUGCCAAACACACUGUCAUACGCCGGCUCCAGGAUCCCAGAGCAGAUGAGAUGUCAAGCAAACCAGAAUGGCUCCCAGGUUGAAUGCGACCUGGGAAACCCCGUCAAACGAAACUCUAAACUGAAAUUUUCCAUCAGUCUGAGCACAGCUAACAUCACUAUUGAGACCACCGAGCUGACAGCUGAGCUCUCACUGAAAACCAUCAGCGAACAGCCUGACUUGGUCCCUGUGACAGCUUACGCUAAAGUUGUGAUAGAGCUCCCUCUGUCUGUCAGUGGGCGCGUCAAUCCCGACAAGCUGUUCUUCAGCGGUGCAGUGAGGGGUGAGAGUGCUAUGAGCAGUCUGGACGACAUCGGCAGUGCUGUGGAUUUUGAGUUUGUGGUUGCUAAUCCUGGUCAAGCUCUCCAGACACUUGGCUCUGCCUUCCUCAACAUUAUGUGGCCCUAUGAGCUGGCCAAUGAGAAAUGGCUCCUGUAUCCUGCCAGCUUGAUGUUUCAAGGCCACCCGGAAACACAGUGCAGCCCUACAUCAGCUCUGAAUCCUCUGAAGCUACAGGGCUCCUCGCCUGCAGAGCCGGGCAGUCACGGGCAGGUUGGGCGAAAACGCCGCUCCCACCCUGAGGAGGAAGGUCAGAUCAUGACUAAAGGCAGCGUGGGACAGACCACGCCUGCUGUGGCAGCUUCAGACAGACGCAAGUCGCUCAAACUGGAUUGCCUGCUGGGGUCAGCGCGCUGUGUGCUGUUCCAGUGUCCUCUCCACAGCUUCUCCGGUCAGGCUGUGCUUAAAAUCCACGCCAGACUGUGGAACAGCAGUUUCAUAGAGGACUUCCCAGCAGUCAGUGCUCUGGAGCUGCUGGUCAGAGCCAACAUCACUGUGAAGUCCAGCAUCAAACAUCUGGUCCUUAAGGAUGCUGCUGCACUGGUUUCAGUGAUGAUUUAUCCCGAGCACGGUGUUACUGACCAGUACUGGAUCCCCUGGUGGAUCAUCCUCAUUGCCAUCCUGGCAGGUGUCCUGCUGCUGGCACUGCUGGUCCUCAUGCUAUGGAAGUGUGGCUUCUUCCGACGGGCGCACUACAAGGACAAACUGCCUCAGUACCACGCGGUCAAGAUUCCUCGCGAGGACCGGCCUCAGUUUCAGACUGAGAAGUCAGGAGGCGUCCAAAAAAAGGAAUGGGCCACACACUGGAGCGACGGGACCUCGUAACCUGCUUUGAUGCCCUGACUUUAAAAAAAAGAAAAAAAAAAGUGCAACACUCAUUAUGUCUUUGCUGUUGAAUUAACUGACUAAAAAAGUGCACAGAGACUGGGAUCACGAAACGUUGUGCACACCUCACUUCAUCAUUGCUUACAUACUGAUGCGUUUUCUCAAUACUGUAGCCUACUGAAGGCCUUACAUAGCUUAUUUAGUCUAAAUCAAUAUCAUAGUAUUGUACUGAAGGCCUACGACAACAUUAAAACCAGUCGAGCUGCUGAGUACGUUCCCCAGCCCUCACUGCUGCUUCACUGUCUGACAUCAGAAAGAAGGACUGAAAAUCAAAGACAUGCAUAAGCACCACAUGCAGAUCCUAACAGACACACACAGAUAUACUGGACAUUAUAGUAAAGAAGCCAGUGCCCAUGACAAAGACUACUUUUUGCCUUAAAUACUGUAAGACUGAAGAUUCAUAUGGGCAAUGAAAAGAAAAUGCAUUUUUCUAUAUAUAAAGGACUUUUUUUAGUACUGGUUAAAGCACUGGGUGGGUGGAUGUUCGUGUUUCGAUGAAUGUGUUGUCUUCUGGGCUCGACGAUUACUCUGGGUUGGCUCAAGAAGCCAUUUAAAAAGUUCAUUGAUAGCUUUUGUAGGGCUUUGUUCAAUUGCCUGAGUAACUUGAAUAAGAACAAGAAACCACAAUACAACCUAUAACAUGCCGUAGCCACGACCAGAGCACUGUUGUCGCAUGUGUCAGAUUAAAGAAAAAAAGCAAUAUUUAAGGUAUCGUGUGCUCUUCAUCUGUUUAUGAAAAUUUCUGGUAGUUUUUUUAUGGAUGUCUUAUGAUGAAUAACAGUGUAAAAAAAUCGAAUAUGUAUGAAAACUUACUGUAGCCUCAAUUUAAAACCUAAACUGCUACGAAUGAGUGAAUUAGUUACAAUGUGACGUCUGAGUGAUGCCGCCAUAUUUUUCUCAUGAGUUGUAAUGUAAAGAUGUUUCACCAGGUAACAUCUUUUUUUUUUCUUUUGUUGGACUGCAUUAACCUGCUUGUCACGCUGUUCUUGUUAAUGUACGCCACUCGUACCAGUAUGACAGUCCUUUCACUUCAUUACUGACACUUCUAAUUGCGUACAAGUGCCUUAUUGUAAAGGUGGCAGAUGGUGUGCCACUGGUUACAAGCGCAAGGCUACUGCAAAUUAGAUCAUACUCCCCUGAAACAUCUGUUGGACACCGGUGGACAAGUAAACAUCCCUCCUGCACUGAAGCAACAUGAAGACAGGGAAAAACCUUUGUUGUUAUUUUUUACAUGAACAAUGCAGAACCAGACAAACUCUCUUUGGAUCUAAUCUGGGUUGAUGAAGUGGAUGUAAAGCAUGAAGGGUCAGCUUGAUUUUUUUAGGUAUUGCUGGACAAUCUUAUACUAGCUGCAUGUCCUUUUUCUGAUGUUCCCAAAUUUUCUGUUGGUCAUUGUUCGGUGUUUUAUUUAUUGAUUUCGUUGGAUUGGCUGCACUGUUUAAAGGUUGUAAAUAAAAAAAAUAAAAUAAAUUGAGGUAAACCUGACAGACCGCUUAAUUUGAUCAUUAUGCAGAGAUUUUACACCCAGUGAUGUACAGACAAAAACCAAGGAUGUGUAAAAGCUGCAAUUCACUUAUAUAACACCAGGUGGCGGUAACACUCUGAGAAAUAAAACAUUAUUUCUGUAGUUAUUUUAAAUAAGAGGGAAAAACGAAAACACAACGCAUGUAAAUUUUGUAAAAGCUAUAAUAUGACUACUUGUCUGGAAUAGAUUUUGUUUUUCAUGGAAAUGUUGCCCAUAAUGUUCUUGAGUAUUUGUGCUUGUUAACAUAAAGAUGAACAGGACAGUAAGUAAGGGGUGCAGAUGAGAUGGGUUUGUCUUUAAUGUUUGAUUGUAACUCUUCUCGAAGAAGAAAUAAAGCAUCUUGUUUUGUUUAUGUGACAUAAAUAUUCAUGGUCUGUGGUCGGCUUGCACACUGGCUGAUAAAUUAAAAAAGUCAAAAACGGAA